UAAGCUGUCGUUUUCGAUCUCAGUCCUGCAGUCUUGAGCAUGUAGUUAAAUUCCUCACAGGGUGCAUUGUGAGCCAUAUAAAGAUAAGAGGAAAUGCUGUUCUAAAUGUUCCGCAUUGGUGGUCUGUGUCUGUGAACAAGGAGGGAGGACGGCAAAGGUGUGUUGUUCCCCGGGACGUCUUACAAGAGAACUUCUGAACAGUAACAGUAUUUCCUACACACCAAAUGUUCUCACUGCUUGAAAGUCAUUGAUUGGAAAAGUAAAGUAACAGAAAAGAAUAACAGUAUAGAAUUGUUACCCUUUACUCGUUAGGGGUUACAGGGAAGUUCUUUGUUGGCUUUUUAAUGGCUUUUAAAUGUUUGUUUGUUUGAAUGUUAUGCAAUGAAAAAAAUGAACUCUAUCAUAAAAAAAUAAUGUUUGAGACUACGUUUAUAAUCAUUUUAAGGCCAAUGCUCGUUUAACUGGACGCAGGUCUCGCAGAUACUUGAUGAAAAAAAAACACGUGACCACGCAGGUCCCCCAAAAAGAUGUCCCAUCCCUCACAGUAACGAGCCGAGGCUAUUCUAUUCAGCUUGCAACACCGUUUUCUACUCCCAACACAUUUAUGAUCUUCUCAUCUCAUUUGCAGUCCACGGCGCGCCAGCACCCUGCCCGUAAACACUCUGUCUCGCCUGUAGUGGCGAACAAGGAAUGCCCACGGGUCGCGUUGGAAACAAAUACACACAAACGACACAAACGGGAGAUUCCUAGUGAGCAGAACGACUCACAGCAGCCCGGUGGACAACCAAAGGGGGGCCUUUCGCGUAAAAGCUGCUCCGUCCCUCUCACAGUGGGAGGUUCGCGUGAGCUUCAGCCGCAGCCCGCUCGCGCACUCGUCGCCGCGGGGGGGGGGGGGGGGGGGGCGGGAUGCGGGCUGCGCCGCAGUCUCGGGGCCUCGUCUCCGCCAUUGGAAGAAGGCCGGCGCGCGCGUGGUGGCUCGUCUUCCUCCUCUUCCAGGAGACCUGGGGCCUACACAUUCAGAACAAGCUGCUGGUUAAAUGCCUGCAGGCGCAUGGGGGAACCUUUGGAGGCAGAGUGUCUCUGGCCGAUUGCAGCCCACAUUCGGCCUCACAGGAAUGGCGUUGGCUCCCGGGGAGCCGGGCUCUCAGCCAUCGCCACACCGGGGAGUGUCUGACCGCACCGAGAGAGCCGUAUGAAGGUGUCCAACUGCGGCCCUGCGUCUUCAGGGCGGACAGUGUCCAGACCGACGGCGGCGGGCGGGACGCGGGCAGAGAGGCAAGCGGCCAGGCGUGGUUCUGUUCCAAGAAGGGCCACCUCACUUUGGUAGGGAGGGGGCUGCACCUUAGUGCAACGCAGGAAUCCACUUUGGUCUUCCUUUCAAGAGAGCAUAAGCAGCCUGGCAGCAGGUGGCGCUCACUUGACAACCAGACGCUGUGCAAUGGCAGAGACAACCGACACAAACCUCACCACAAUCUGGGGAAAUCGUUGGCAUCUGGGAUUUUUCAAAGUGCCAUCUCUGACAUAAAGGCUCAACCAUUUGAAGGUAUGAUGGUAGGUGAAGUCACAGACACAUAUCCUGCAAUGAAUGUGCCUCUUUUGUCGCCAAGCAACAAAUCCACUGCAGAUCUCGGCGGAGUUUUCUUUACUACGGACAAUGGAAUGGGCUGGAAGAUCACCAUGCUGGCACUAAGCUCUUUGGCUCUGGUCAUUGGAAUCGUGAUUCUUAUCCUCAAUGUUCACUCCAAGAGGAAGGAAGUGGUGUGUGUUUUAAAGUCGUACUCUGCGAGGCCUGAGAGGAGCGUCCCUGGCUCCCCGGGGUGCAGCAGUGAAAGAGCCCUGCUGACAGAGCACGCCUCGACACUCCCGCAGUCGUCCCCAGCUGUCCGCCGAGGAGAAAUCCUCAUCGAGUGGAAGGACGGCACUGUCACUCCGCUGUACGAGCCCUGAACGAGGCGCUGUUCAGGCCGGGGCCCCUGGCGCAAAGUGGAACUGAACGUAUAUGAGACAAACAGAAGGCGAAUACUGUUAGAGCUCAUGGGGCACAAUCGGGCUGUUUCUGUUUGACCCAUCUACCACAGGAAGAUGCAUGCUGACUUCCGGUGUUUGCGAUCAAAGGGAUUUGUUAUUGGAUGAAAGCAUUCAGCUAUAGUUUUCUAGGCUUACUUUAAUUACAACUCAAGGGCUCAACAAAGUAACCCGUAGCUUAACGCCUGUAGUUGGGUAAAUACUUGAAAAAACUAAUCUAUGGUCAGCUAUGUCUGCAUGACCACCAUGUCCCAGUUUAAUGUAGGACACAAUAGACCUGUGGCCUCUUACAUAGUUCCUUGAUUUUGCUUGACUUAACAUGUCUUGGCUCUUGAGGCUCACACCCUUAAUACGUGGAUGAUCCUAGGAAAAUAUUAUUGCAGUUGUUUUUGUGGUCUUUUGUUAGAAGGAAGUUCCGAGAAAGCUAGAUUAAAAUCUUAAAUCUAUUUCAUUUGACAAAUGACAAUAGUCUAACACGGUGCAAUCCAGUAGUGUAGUGCACUUAGCUUAGUAACAUCACAUAACCGUCUAUCAUUUGAAUUUGAAAGGUUCGCUUACAGCGUUGAUUUGAGCUUUUCAGUUCCUCUCAACCUUGGAAACAGCCCUUCGCUUAAAGUCCACUUGAGCUUUUUAAGCUCACCACACAUCUUCAUGGGCAGGUGAAAUUUGACAUGGAACUGAGGAGCUUUAAGCUUUUUUGUCUUUGUGAGCACUUUUAGGAUCAGUUAACUAUAAAUAUGAUGAUGUUGAAAGCUGCAGAACCAGUUUCUGACUGGAGAUUGUUUUGUCAACAAUUAUUAACUUGUUUGUAUGUGUGUGUGUGGACCAAUAAUUUGUGACAAAUGUGUUAGUUUGCCAACAAAAAAGUAAGGCAAAUAAAACGUGACAUACCAGCCGUAUACGAUCGCCUUGUACUUUUUUUGACGACGUAGGGAGUUGAUGUAUCUUCUACCGUCAGCCAGUUGCUGAUAAAAUCAACAUUUAUAGUAAUUACUUGGGACAAUCUGCAGGAGUUCAGUAAUGACACAAAUAUUUAGUCUGUGAUGGUGGUGAUGAGGCCUUUUAGAGGACAUGGAAUUCCCUGUGGCACGGAAACCUCCCAGCAGGAGGAGUCUGUUAACAACGGGCAACCAAAGGCUGUUUAAUGUUUUGUUUCGUGUUGUUAAGUCAACUUAAUCUCUCCUUCAUUUUUAUAUAAUGAGCAGAUACGUGUUGGGACACAUCCCAGCCCGAAGGAGUGUCCAUGUACACCUGUUUACGUGUGUUUUUAAGGACAUUUCUGUACACCAAACCUAGAGAGACACCCUGCCUCUGCUGCCGGCAGCGUUCACCCUAAUGAGAGGGCGCAGUGCAAUGACACACGGCACCCUUCAUAACCACAUCCACAUGCCCGACGAGGGAAUACGAGCGGAUUCUUUUUUUUGUUUUGUGUAAACAAAAUGUAACAAAUUGGCAUUGACUCGUGGGUUAACCAAAACAU